AUGACCCAUGGGUCACUGGACAGUGCCACGACCCAUGGGUCAAUGGACAGUGCCACGACCCAUGGGUCAAUGGACAGUGCCACGACCCAUGGGUCACUGGACAGUGCCACGACCCAUGGGUCACUAGACAGUGCCACGACCCAUGGGUCACUAAACAGUGCCACGACCCAUGGGUCACUAGACAGUGCCACGACCCAUGGGUCACUAGACAGUGCCACGACUCAUGGGUCACUAGACAGUGCCAAGACCCAUGAGUCACUAGACAGUGCCACGACCCAUCGGUCACUGGACAGUGCCACGACCCAUGGGUCACUAGACAGUGCCACGACCCAUGGGCCACUAAACAGUGCCACGACCCAUGGGUCACUAGACAGUGCCACGACCCAUGGGUCACUAGACAGUGCCAAGACCCAUGGGUCACUAGACAGUGCCACGACCCAUGGGUCACUAAACAGUGCCACGACCCAUGGGUCACUAGACAGUGCCACGACCCAUGGGUCACUAGACAGUGCCACGUCCCAUAGGUCACAAGACAGUGCGACGACCUAUGGAUCACUAGACAGUGCCACGUCCCAUGGGUCACUAGACAGUGCGACGACCCAUGAGUCACUAGACAGUGCCACGUCCCAUGGGUCACUAGACAGUGCCACGACCCAUGGGUCACUAGACAGUGCCACGACCCAUGGGUCACUAGACAGUGCCACGACCCAUGGGUCACUAGACAGUGCCACGACCCAUGGGUCACUGGACAGUGCCACGACCCAUGGGUCAAUCGACAGUGCCACGACCCAUGGGUCACUGGACAGUGCCACGACCCAUGGGUCACUGGACAGUGCCACGACCCAUGGGUCACUAGACAGUGCCACGACCCAUGGGUCACUAAACAGUGCCACGACCCAUGGGUCACUAGACAGUGCCACGACCCAUGGGUCACUAGACAGUGCCACGACUCAUGGGUCACUAGACAGUGCCAAGACCCAUGAGUCACUAGACAGUGCCACGACCCAUCGGUCACUGGACAGUGCCACGACCCAUGGGUCACUAGACAGUGCCACGACCCAUGGGCCACUAAACAGUGCCACGACCCAUGGGUCACUAGACAGUGCCACGACCCAUGGGUCACUAGACAGUGCCAAGACCCAUGGUCACUAG